AUGGCAUCUGGUGGCUCUGUAUGGAGCUGUGAGCCUCAGCUGCAGAAAGCUCUUGCAGCAGGAGGAGCAACACUCCCAGGCAGUUGCUGUGACCAUCUCAGAACAGGCACAGAGAGGAACUGUAGCUCAGCUCUUCUGCCAGGACAUAGCACCAAAAUGCAACCCGUGCCCCUGCACAGCCUUUCAGAGUUGGAAAGAGCCUGUCUGCAAGAGCUUGCCCUCUACCAUCUGCAGGAAAAGCUGCUUGUUGGAGAUCUCAGCCUGACUAAAGCUGGCCCUAAAGGUAGUAAGUCCAUCCGCCAGAAACUGGAGAGCUUUUCCAAGGAGAAGAAAGAUGGCUCUCCUCAGACUUUUGGGAUCCCACUAUUCCAAGUCAUUGACAAUGAUCGCAUGUAUAAGCAACUGCAGGAAGAAGUGAAGAGCAGUCGUCGGCUCUGCUUGGAGGUGGAAGCGACAGUGAUAAGAUUUCGGGCUCAGAUCCAGAAGAGGUCUCCGCUGGACAGAAGCUGUGGGCUGGUGCCCUGCAAGAUAUUCUCUGAGGAGCCGCUUUCCCCUACUUUUCGUGACAACAGCUCCUGGAGCCAGAGAAGGGGGGCAAUGUCCGUGGACUCCAUCACUGACCUGAGUGACAACACUUCCAAACUGUUGGAGGCGCUGCAGUUGUCACAUCCCCAUGAGCUGGAUCUGCAGAGAAGCCGGGGCAAGAAAAAGAUGUUGAGCCUCAACCCUAUCACUUGGCAGGUCCCAAGGAUUGUGGACAGAUGUUGCCAACACAUUGAAAUGCAUGGUCUCCAGACAGUGGGCAUCUUCCGAGUUGGGAGCUCCAAGAAAAGAGUUCAGCAGCUGAGGGAAGAGUUUGACCAAGGACUGGAUGUUUUUCUGGAUGAGCACCAAAGCGUCCAUGAUGUGGCCGCGCUGCUCAAAGAGUUUCUUCGUGACAUGCCAGAUUCACUGAUUCCCAGAGAGCUCUAUGAAGCCUUUCUCAGCACAGCAUCAAUGGAGGGUCCAGUGCAACUUGCCACACUCCAGUUACUGCUCUUCCUACUACCCCCCUGCCACAGCGACACGCUGCACCGGCUUCUACAGUUCCUCAACAAGGUGGCCCAGCAUGCUGAGAGCUCCCAGGGCCCUGAUGGCCAAGAGAUUCCUGGGAAUAAAAUGACAGUCUCAAACCUGGCCACAAUCUUUGGCCCCAACAUCCUGCAGAAAGAGAAGCCUGGAGAGAAGGAGUCUGGUGCCAUGAACAUUGAAGAUAGCACUGCUGUCAUACUGGUGCUCCAGAGGUUGAUUGAGCACUACCAGGCCUUGUUCAUGGUCUCUCCAGAAAUGCAACAUGACAUCUUAAGGAGACUCUUUCAGACAGACCCCGAUGUUAUCAAGUACCUGUUGCGCAGGAAGUUCAAAACCGUGCUGAACACAGAGAGCGAGUCUUUGACAGAGGAGAGUCCACCAUCCCUGCUGCCCAGUCAGUCUUGCACCCUGGAAAGAAACCAGGUCUCAUCAGAGUUUUACAGCAGUGUCUCAUUCCUAAACCUGGAUGUUGGCAUGUAGCAAGCUUGGGAUAGCCCCCAGUGCUACUUUCCAUGGACAGAACUGGGCAAGCUUUCUGCCACAAAAAUAAGUCCUCUAUCCCACUUCAAAGGAGUAGAGAAGGGCAGGAAGUAUGAAUCUCUGUGGGAACAUCUUUGCUAACAGUAAAUGUGACAAAUUGUUCUAGUAGCAGCCUUACAGUGGGAGAUGUGUUUGCAGGUUUGCAACAGUAGGCUUGGGCUCCAGAGCAUGGGUUUGUUGCUAUAUGACAACAAAGAACUGCAUGCUUGUGUGGCAAAAACUGUGGCUGUGCAUGCGUGGCUUCAUAGCUGUAGGUGAGCGUGCCCUGCCAGCAGGCCAAAAAGCCAUUGGCACAUGCCGUAGCUUAUUUGCAAGUCUGAAAUGUUGCAGUGCCUUCAGCACAGCAGAGCCUCUGUGGUCUGUGGUUUGCCUCAUAAGUGUCUGAGACUUCACUUCCCAGAGCUGGGCCACUUGACUUUCUCCUGCCCUACGCAACUGGAAGCUCACACAUCCAGGCCACUUGAAGAGGGCACUCAGCUGAUAUAGGGAAUUGUGUGAGAAAUAUGUAAACACAUUUGUGCAUGAGCUCGCAUUUCAGGUUUAGCAACAGACAGGGUGGCAGACUGCCAGGUGGCUUCACCACAUUCCUGCCUGGGGAGAACAGCCUCUCACCCUCCAAAUGACUGCCAGGCCAAUGCAAUAGGGCAGCCAACUGGAGCAGAUUGAGGAGCAGCAGAGGGGAUCUCUGAAGUGGAGGGCUGCACAUAAGCUCCAUGUCUACCCAGCAGAUGGGACACAGAGUCCAAAAUAGCCCUCACCUAUUGCACUUGCAGGAGUUUGCUGGGAUAGGUGCACCUGGGCUCGGUGGAGCUUCCCCUGCCUUUCUGCGGCUUACAGGGACAGGACUGAGGCAGGAGCACUGGAUGGAGACUGUAAGCAGGAUAAUGAGGGUAGAAAAUGCAGUUCAACAUAUUACAGUCUGUGCUGUAGGUUAGGGCUAUGGCUGGCACUGAGAAUAGGGUGACUGUAAGGGCUAAGGACAGAGUGGGACAAAAUAAGUGUUUGGGCCUGCUCUCUCACAAAUAGUUUAGGUGCCCUCAGCAUGCUCAGAUGGAGUCUGUAACCACAGGGAAAUAUUUUGGGAUCACCAUACCCUCAGAGUAGGUUUCCAUUAAGAGUUAGUUUAAGUUUUGGCUUAUGAAUAAGGUUCAAGAUUAGGCUGAGGGUUUUGCUUAGGGUUCAGGGCUUCAGUAUGGCUAGGGCUUGCCUGGUCCAUAAUCUUCUGUACUCGGGUGACUUUGGGACCUAGGGAAAGUUCUUUGAUGUUACUCAGCCUUCCAGAUUAGGGACACUUUUCAUGUUAUAGUUAAACUUCUUUGCUGUUCUGGAGCACAGCACACACUCAGGUUCAAACUAUGAUGCUGGAGAGGUGUUUCAGACAGAAAAAUUAGGUCUAUAGUUAGGACUAAGGUUAAAAGAGGAUUACACUGAGAUAAGGGUAGGAUUUGGGGUUAAGUCUAGGGUCAGUGCAUGAGCUUUCUCACACAGACAUGCAUGCACUGGGAGCUGAGAUGGUUCACACUUUACUCUGAUUGCGUUUAGGACAGAUUUGAGUAAGGCUGUGCAGGCCUCCAGAGCAGGAUUCCCUAGGAGUUCUACUCCACCUGGAAAGCUGGGAAGCAACUCAGCAUUAUCUGGGAUCCAGGUGCAUCCAAAAUUGUUGUACCACCGGUACUUCACCUGAGGGCACAGGAGACCACUGUGGCCCAUAUGUACCCUAAAACCCACCACAUGUUGCCCCCAGGGGCCACCUCCCAUAAGCUGGAUCCUUGCUGCUCCCCUCCAACUAAAAUAAAUUGAGAACAACUGGGCCUGACUUUUUAUUGUGGGGUGAAGGGGACCCCCUAGCCCAGAAGGGACCUUGGAGAGCAGUAUUCCAGGGAAGGGGGAUCCUGGUGAGGGGACCCAGGAAAGGAUGGAGGCCUGCGAGCGAUAGUGGGGGAAGUCAAGUCCCAUGGCAGGGGUUGUCAUGUGGGGCCACUGUCUCUGUCUCCCCAGUGCUAGGAAUCCCCACCACCCCAGAGGAGGCAAGGAGGGAGGGAAGGAGAUAGGCAGGGGUGGCCCAGCACCACCCUACAAGAGCUGGUAGAGGUGUGGGGCGGCCCCAUGGCAGGGAUCAAGGUGCCCUUUCCCCAAGGAGGGGCUGGAGAGAGGAAGGCAGGGGGUUGGGACUGGUGGUGGGUUGCUUGGCAGCCUUGCACUAACCUGCUGAUGCCAGAGCACUGUCCAUCCCAUUGCUCUGUCCUCUCAAGGGUGCGGGAGCUCAGAGUAAGUCCUGCGUGAGGACUGAGUCCUCAUGGACAGAGGGUCUUCCUAGCCCAAGGUAACCAGCUCGUGCAGUCUGAAGAAGAGUCUACUUGAAAGGAAAUGGCCCCAUAUCAAACUAAGUGAAGGCAGCUGGAAGUAAGAGUACAGAGUCAAGUCUCAAGGUAAGAACCACCAAGGCUAGCAGGGUCCAGCUGUGGUCCCAUGUGUUAGGACUUGCCCUUCUGCAGCCCUGUUUCCUCAGGGUCUCCUGCCUGGAGCAGCCAGGGACCAGUCUAAGGAGAGCUGGGCUGGUUUGUCCAACAGCCAUGCUGAGAGGGAAUCACUUUUCAGACACAUGCUCCAACAAUGCACCUAGUGUCCAGCUCUGUCUGUGAGCAGGGAGUCCAUGGCUCGUCUAGUGUGCUCCAUGCUGCCCUCACAGUUCCGUGGCUUUGGCCACCCCUCAUAGCAUCAAGAGGAUUAUCUGCAAGUACACGAGCUUUUCUUUGCUACCAGCCUCAGCCAUGCGUCCAGCAGUUGGUACCUGGGAACUGUCACAAGGUACUGCACCUUCACAGCUGUAGCUGUGCUGCUCAGGGAUGAAAUCUUGUGUUCUAGAUGCCCCUUCUCUGUGAAUGGGUAUGGUCAGGGUGGAUGGAGAAACAGUUCUCAGAAAACAACAGUCUGAAGAGAGGAAAAGUAUGCGCUAGGAGAUAGCGGGUGGAAGUCUCUCAAGAAUUGAUAAACUCUGGGGACUAGCAGUGCUGUGGAAUCUGCAAGAAUUGAUAAACUCAGGACAGCAUGAGUCUGCUGAAUCAGUCUAAGACCAUUAGCACAGCUGCUGCAUAACCCAGACCACAUCCAAGGAGGCAGUGACGGCUCUGUGCAGACAGACUAUGGGAUCAUACCUGCACCUGGUGGAAAAGCAGAUCCUGAGGGACUUUCUGAAUGCCUUCCUAGAAGCCUCUGGCGCAUUGAUGCAACUCUUCGUUCCUCAGACUGCCAGGGUCAGCCUCCUGGGCCUUGCUGUCCCUGCAUAGCUCUGAGGGCAACUGCAUGACCCAUAUGAGUGAGUGAGUGUGUUCUGAGCCUAGUUAUCUCCUGUUGGUAAUAGCAGCUGGAGUCUGUUAGUAGUAACACCCUAACGAGGAAAAGAUGUUCCAAUAAAUUUUGGCUCUGAGUUGAGCCUCUAUGAGGGAAAAGGGAAUGUACAACACUUGGAUUCCCCUCCUGUGCCUCCCUGAGGGGGAGUAUGGAGAUGGAUCCUUGGCUUGGGAGAAGCUGAGGACCCCUCUCACUCCUCUGUCCGCUUUGUAAUGCGUGGAGACUGUCAGAGGCAAUUGCCUGCUGGAGCAAAGCUGUGGGUGCUGGUAUGUAUACAGUCACUGUGCCACCAGAACAGGUAAGGGGGGAUUCAUCCCACAAGGCUGGCUGGAGAGCACCUAGUCCCUUCAGCACAUGUCAGGGGCAAGGCAGUGCUCAGCUGUGGCUGAACCAUGGCAGGCUAAUGUGGAGGGGAGCUGAGCCCUGGGCGUGCAGAGACUGCUCUUAACAGCAGGGUGUUCAUUAGAGAAAAAGCCAUGUGGCACGAGCAUCUGUAAGCAAAGCCUUGAGAGAUGUGUGGAACAGAAAAGCAGUGAGCAGCUCCUAGUGCAGACAUCUGUAACAGAAAUACUGAGGUUGGUAUGAUCGAAGUAUAAUGGAGAUGUGUGUGAAAGCACAGGAAGAAACAAUAAAGCAAAAGGAUAAAAGAAUGGCCUAUAUUGAUAAAGGAGGACACUGGUCUCAGGACAUGGUUUAGAGCUUUUGUAAACAAAUAUAAUCUUCCCUUUCCAUAAAAUUUCUCAUUGGGUUUUAUUACACAAAUUUCCCUACAUUUAAAUAGUGGAGAAUGUAAGAGGUUUUGUCAAGUAGGGUUCAUAAACUUGUUCUGGAAAUAGUAACUGGGUGGCUCCUUAGGGAGUUGUUAGGGAGUUUUUACAGUUGUCUGGAGUAGUAGGGGGGCCAGAAGGCCUGACAUCUGCUUUAUUUGUGAAUACGCAGUGUGUAGGAUCUUUGCGAGUGAUUGCAGCUGAGAAUUUUGAAAUCUGUGGGAUCUUGAUUAAGUGUAUACCACUUGGAUGCCAGUUGAGCCUAGCAAAAGGCUGCAUUUGGAAAUGUAUUGACAGGUUCUGUAGGAUUUAUUCAUAAGAAGUAUUUUGAAGAGGAAAUCAGGUAAAGGAACUGGUGGUGGAGAUUUAUAGCCUGAUUCGGACAUAGAUCAGAAAGAUCAGAGACCUAGUCCUGGAUUGAGAGAACUUUGCCAGAUAACGUGUCUGAUUUAGAGGAUGCCUUUAACAACUAUUGUACAUUGUAUGAAGAGGAAGAAGAGAAAUGGUGGCACCUGCUGUGCAGUGCCUCUGGCACGCCUUCUAAAAAUUGGAAAAAUCAAGUCACAUAGGGGAGAAUACUUGAUUGUUAGCAGACGUAAGUCAAACAGAUGAACAACAUCAACAAUAGAACAACCAAAAGCUGCAGCUUCUUAUUGAUGGACUGCAAGAUCAUAUGCCAGAUUUGUAAGCUUGUGCAGUCACAACUACACAGGAGUCAUCAGAGUACAGGGAAUAGGAGGAGCAAGUGGGUGUAUCACAAGGGUUCAUCACUUUAGGGAACUGGAGAGGAUGAGAAGGGAUCACAAGUGAUUUGUGAAUUUGUGCGCUACAGAAACAACUCAAAAAUGCUCAGAUAUCCUCAGUAGUAAGGGAUGGCUUAUUUGUGUCUGCAGACUGGUAGACUUUGGCUGAUGGUGAUAAUGAUGCUUUGAAUGGAGACAUCUCAAAUGAUCCUGA